CGCUUAUUUCCCGCUGUCAGGAUGAGGAGGCGGAGGUCGGCGCUCCGGUCCGUCUCUGCCCGGGGCUGUGGCGGCGCCGGCGGCUCCAGCCUUAGCGGUUCCUCCCUGGGCGGCGGCGGCGGCGGCUCGGUCGACGCCUUCUCCGCCAGCUGAGCCCGCGGGAGCCCAGGACGCCGCUUCCCUGCCCAUCCCCUCCCCGAGGCCCGCCGCCUGGCCAUGGCGCAGUCGGGCCCGGCUUCUCAGCCUGACGUUUCUCUUCAGCAACGGGUAGCAGAAUUGGAAAAAAUUAAUGCAGAAUUUUUACGUGCACAGCAGCAGCUUGAGCAAGAAUUUAAUCAAAAGAGAGCAAAAUUUAAAGAGUUAUAUUUGGCUAAAGAAGAGGAUCUGAAGAGACAAAAUGCAGUGUUACAAGCUGCACAAGAUGAUUUGGGACACCUUCGAACACAGCUGUGGGAAGCCCAAGCAGAGAUGGAGAACAUUAAAGCCAUUGCCACAGUCUCUGAGAAUACCAAGCAAGAAGCAAUAGAUGAAGUAAAAAGACAGUGGAGAGAAGAAGUUGCUUCACUUCAGGCUGUUAUGAAAGAAACAGUUCGUGACUAUGAGCACCAGUUCCACCUUCGGCUGGAGCAAGAGCGAGCACAGUGGGCACAAUAUCGAGAAUCUGCAGAGAGGGAAAUAGCUGACUUAAGGAGAAGGCUGUCUGAAGGUCAAGAGGAGGAAAAUUUAGAAAAUGAAAUGAAAAAGGCCCAAGAGGAUGCUGAAAAACUUCGGUCUGUUGUGAUGCCCAUGGAGAAGGAGAUUGCAGCUUUGAAAGAUAAACUGACAGAAGCUGAAGACAAGGUUAAAGAGCUGGAAGCCUCAAAGGUUAAAGAACUGAAUCAUUAUUUGGAGGCUGAGAAAUCUUGUAGGACUGACCUAGAGAUGUAUGUAGCUGUUUUGAAUACUCAGAAAUCCGUUUUACAGGAAGAUGCUGAGAAACUGCGGAAAGAAUUGCAUGAAGUGUGCCAUCUCUUGGAGCAAGAGCGACAACAACACAACCAGUUAAAACAUACGUGGCAGAAGGCCAAUGACCAGUUUCUGGAAUCUCAGCGUUUGCUGAUGAGGGACAUGCAGCGAAUGGAGAUUGUGCUAACUUCAGAGCAGCUCCGACAAGUUGAAGAACUGAAAAAGAAAGAUCAGGAGGAAGAUGAACAACAAAGACUUAAUAAAAGAAAGGACCACAAAAAAACAGAUGUUGAGGAAGAAGUGAAAAUACCAGUAGUGUGUGCUUUAACUCAUGAAGACUCUUCAGCCCAGUUAUCAAAUGAAGAGGAGCAUUUAGAUAGUACCCAUGGUUCAGUCCAUUCCUUAGAUGCAGAUUUACUGUUGCCGUCUGGAGAUCCAUUCAGUAAAUCGGACAAUGACUUGUUUAAAGAUGGACUCAGGAGAGCGCAGUCUACAGACAGCUUGGGAACCUCAGGCUCACUGCAGUCCAAAGCUUUAGGCUAUAACUACAAAGCAAAAUCUGCUGGAAACCUGGACGAGUCAGAUUUUGGACCACUGGUAGGAGCAGAUUCAGUGUCUGAGAACUUUGAUACUGCCUCCCUUGGGUCACUGCAAAUGCCAAGUGGGUUUACGUUAACCAAAGACCAGGAAAGAGCAAUCAAGGCAAUGACGCCAGAACAAGAAGAGACGGCGUCUCUCCUCUCCAGUGUCACCCAGGGUAUGGAAAGUGCUUAUGUGUCCCCCAGUGGUUAUCGCUUAGUCAGUGAGACAGAAUGGAAUCUCCUGCAAAAAGAGGUACAUAAUGCUGGAAAUAAACUUGGUAGACGUUGUGAUAUGUGUUCCAAUUAUGAAAAACAGUUACAAGGAAUUCAGAUUCAGGAGGCUGAAACAAGAGAACAGGUGAAAAAACUACAGGUGAUGCUAAGGCAAGCAAAUGACCAGUUAGAGAAGACGAUGAAAGAUAAACAGGAACUGGAAGACUUCAUAAAGCAGAGUGCUGAAGAUUCAAGUCAUCAGAUCUCUGCACUUUUCCUAAGAGCCCAAACAUCUGAGAUCUUACUUGAAGAGUUACAACAGGGGUUUUCCCAAGCGAAGAGGGAUGUUCAGGAACAGAUGGCAGUGCUGAUGCAGUCACGGGAACAGGUUUCAGAAGAGCUGGUGAGGUUACAAAAAGAUAAUGACAGUCUUCAGGGAAAGCAUAGCUUGCAUGUGUCCUUACAGCAAGCAGAAGACUUCAUUCUCCCAGACACUAUAGAGGAACUCCGAGAGUUGGUAUUAAAAUACCGCGAGAACAUCAUUAACGUGCAGACAGCAGCAGACCACAUGGAAGAAAAACUGAAGGCUGAAAUACUUUUCCUAAAAGAGCAGAUUCAGGCGGAACAGUGUUUAAAAGAGAAUCUUGAAGAAACUCUGCAAUUAGAAAUAGAAAACUGCAAGGAAGAAAUAGCUUCCAUUUCUAGCUUAAAAGCUGAAUUAGAAAGACUAAAAGUAGAAAAAGGACAGUUGGAGUCCACAUUGAGAGAGAAGUCUCAACAGCUUGAGAGCCUUCAGGAAGUGAAAAUCACUUUGGAAGAACAGUUGAAAAAAGAAACUACUGCUAAGGUUACUAUUGAACAACUAAUGUUUGAAGAAAAGAACAAAGCUCAGAGGUUGCAGACAGAACUAGAUGUCAGUGAACAAGUCCAGAGAGAUUUUGUAAAGCUUUCUCAGACUCUUCAGGUGCAGUUAGAGCGGAUCCGGCAAGCAGACUCCUUGGAGAGAGUCCGGGCAAUUCUGAAUGACACCAAACUGACAGACAUUAACCAGCUCCCUGAGACAUGACACUGUCAUAGCAGGACUCUAGCCUGCAUAUUGGGUUUUUAACUCAUCUUUAGAGCAACAUUAAUUAUUUAACUCUUAACUAAAGAAGUCACAAAAAAGGAAGACUGGAGAAAUGUUUAUUUCUAGUGGGAGAAGACUGCAGCACAGGAACAGCAAACAGCCAGGCUAAUUUGCAGCAAAAAGACCUUUCAAAUGGGAACACUAACAAGACUCCAGACUUGAUUCCAGCAGGUGUGGAUCAGAUUUGGUGAUGGAAAAAGUGCUGUUUCCUUGCCUGUUUAUCCAACAUUUCCCUGCCCUUAAGCAACAUCCCAAUAGUGUUUGGAAUUACAUUUCCUGUUUAUACAUGUUGGAAGAAAUCAUUUUUUUCUGUUCUCUAGAGUACAUCAGUGACAGUAUUCAGCUAGCAAGACACGUAUAGUAUGCUGUAUGAAUAUUUUAUAUUAAAAUAUGAAGUUUGAGAGCAGGCCAUUGGCUAGUGACUGUAUUUCCUAGCUCAGUGUUUUUUUUUUUAAACUGUUUUAAUUGUGUUGAAGGACCUUAAAUGCUACUGAAACUUGCCUGAGAACUAUUAAGACGUGGCAAACAAAACCAAUUCAAGAACUGAUUUAAUUACGAGAGUCUGAAAACUUGGCUGUGGCUAUAUGUAUUGGAAAUUGAAGUUAAAGGAAAAGCACAAGAAACUGUAUGGAAGCACUUUUUCUGCCACAUGGAUGAAUUUUGUGGGCCUCCAGGUACCAGGGUCAAGCUAAAUUGGUACCAGCUACUCUUUUGAAAACUUUGUUAUUGGAUUAGUGGGGGAAAAAAAACCAAAACAAGCUAUGUCUGACAUCUAGUAUAAAUUUAUAAAUCAGCUGCUUAUUUUCAAUUCAGAUCAGUGGGCCUGAGUACUGUUUGUUUCUAAAGUGUCAAAUACAAAAAUGAUAAUAGCUGUGUUUGACAGAUACUUAUUUUGUAUUUUUCUUUAAUUUAGACCUGGAGUGUGAUAAUGCUUAUGAAGUUGGGGGAAACCCGGUUGGUACAUUCAUCAGUUUGGAAAUGUGCUUUGUCAUUUGUGUGAGGUUAGAUUCCUUUCCUGUGUGGAGAAAGCACCAGUGAACAGGCCGCUUUGGCUGUAGCCUACGAAGUGCUGCAGGAAGCAUGAAGCGUUCCAGUUGGCUGUUUACCUGCUGCCGUGAGCCAGGGGGAACCUACGCCGUUUAAUUCAUGAUACAGAUGGUUCAAAAAUGAAGCUGUUUUCAAAUAAUUUUUGUAAUUGGUGUUAUGUAACAGCAGGGUACUUCAAGGAACCUUACGGUAAUUAAGUGGAUUAAGUAGACUGGCUCAUGGAAGACCGUAGACUACAAUUCAGAGUGAAUGGUCUUUGUUAUAAAUGAAGUGAUUAUGGACUAGCCCUAAAGAUCGUUGCUCCCGUCUUCCACGGGACAAGAUAAGGACUACAUACCUCAUUCCUUGGGUGGUGGUUGUAGUCUUGCAUUCAUGAUUAUGAACUUAAAAGUAAAUACUAAUUAUGGAAAUAGUGCUAUAGGCCUGGCAUGCAUGAAACAUUAUUUUAAUUGGUUUAAAGUCCUUUUGUAUAAAUUGCUGUGUGGUUUAGAUAAAGGAAACAUAUAUCCUUGUGGAGGUACAGGGAAUUUUAUUAAUUCCAAAAUAUAAUCAGUUUAAAUUAUGUAAGUGUGAGACUAGUCCCUUGGAUAAGCCCUGAGCUAAUUUGUUUCAGAAUAUUAAAAGUUCACACUAUAACCAGGAAGGGUAAGUCACAAUCUUUCUGAACUGAACUGUACCUCCUAGGGGACUGUUCUGCUGAGAUACCUUGUGGAUGUUUGCUUUUGUGAGGUGGUGCUGGGCCAAUAAAAUCACGAACAGGGGAGCAAUUGGUGGUCUCUACUGUGGCAGAGGCAACCUGUUGGAAGCCAUUUUGUUGAGAAAAAUAUCCUGGAAAAACCCAAACUAUGGCUCUAGGUUUUGUUAAUCUGUUUCUGGUAUGAAACUCUGCCACUACCCUGGUAGGAAAUACUUUAAACUGGGUUUUCUGUAUAAAUGGGAAACUGAUGUGGAAGGUGGGAUUUAGCCUGUCUGGACCAAGGAAAAGAUCCCUUGGGUUUCAUGAGUGUUCCUGUGCUUGUACUCAGUCUGCACAUGUUUUUCUCACGCAUGUCUAACUUGAUUUACUUCCUACCUAAAACCUACCUUACCAUGUGGCUUUUAAUUGGCUGUCACUUGGCCAUUUCUAGGCAGAUACAGUAUUACUUUUCAGAACCCAUAUGGGCAGGUAUAAAGGGUUGUCUAAAAUAAAGCUGAGACUAAAACCAUAUACUGCUUUCUCCCUUUGAGGUCCUACACUUGUACCUCAUACUCAGUAACACGUAUCCCUGGGGCGCAGUGCACAGCCAGACCUGGCCCUGAAAGGUAAUACUGCCUGUCAGAGUGAGCCAGCAGUGGCCAUGCAGUGUGGAUGCUGGGCUCGGCUCUUAAGCAGAUUUCAGCUGUAACUGUUUAACUGUACUGAAGGUGUGUCUUUAAGAAGAAAGUGUUCAAAUUAAAAAAGCUGCUGCCUAGUAUACUGUGUGGCCUUUU